AUGGGCGGCGCGAACUUUCCAGACCCGUCUGUCAUCCGGGUCGCAGACGGAUGGCAUGCAUUCUCAACGAACGCUGUUGUCAACGGCAAGCUAGUACAUGUGCAAAACGGAUACACUCCAGAUUACAACACAUGGACUUUGCGGUCCGGCGUCGAUGCAAUGCCCGAUCUUGCGCCAUGGGUUUAUGCAGGCAGCCCUCGGGUGUGGGCUCCCGAUGUCAUCCAGCUGCCGGACGGUUCCUUCUUGAUGUACUAUACAGCCGCGUACAAGAAGAUGUCCAAUUUGCACUGUCUCGGUUGGGCGAAGAGUCGAUACGUCGACGGGCCGUACAUCGAUACUAGCGCGACGCCGUGGAUCUGUCCUACUGCGCAAGGCGGCGCUAUCGAUCCUGCUGGCUAUCUGAACAGUGAUGGGACGCGGUGGGUGGUAUACAAGAUUGAUGGCAACGCCAGUGGACACGGCGGAUCGUGCGGUAACACCGUAGCACCAAUCGUGCAAACUCCUAUCAUGCUGCAGCAGGUCAACGCCGCCGAUGGACAUACCUUGAUCGGCGACCCCAUACAGCUCAUCACGAACGGUCCUGCCGACGGCCCGUAUGUCGAAGCACCUUCGCUGUCGUACCUCGGCGGCAAAUACGUACUCUUCUUCUCAUCCCAAUGCUACCAAACACCGCAAUACGACGUGUCGUAUGCGACCGCGCCGAGCAUUACAGGCCCGUAUACAAAGUAUGGCCCACUAUUGGUGACCGGCUCAAAUGGGAUGACAGCUCCUGGAGGCCUUGAUCUUGCCAUCAACGGCAACCAUGCGAUCUGGCACGCGAACUACGGCAGUGGGCGCGCCGCUUUCACGGGCUUCGUUGCAUUGAGCGGCAAUAUCGUUACAGCGUCGACGUUCUCCUAA